AUGUCGCCCCCGGAAGUUCUGGGCUCCUCCACCUCGCCUUGUAGCGAUGAUGCCACUACUUGCUCCUCGACAGAUCGGCUAUGUGAGUCGCAAUUUGUGAGAAAUUUUAUCAAGGAUUUCCUUUGCAAACAUUGCUCCUGCACCCAUUUCCUAGAUACCCCUGUAUCGUUCACUGGCGACUCCCCGUUAAUCUUUGAAGACAAAUAUGCAGUCACCGUGAAGCAGUUGCAUUUAGAUAUUCCGCUGCAGCUUCUUAUGUGUUCCUCCUCCACUCUUGAAGACGUUAUCGAUGCAUAUGAGAGUGAAAUGGAUCGUCUUGGCCAAACCCCCAUCCCGACUGGCGAGCAACGCUGGUUGCAUAAAGGAAAGCCACUUUUGAAUACCGCUAUGCCACUGGCGUGUCUUUCUACAAGUAAGGAGAUAACGCUACAUCUCGUUCGUAAGGUCUCCACUAUUCCAAGCAAAUCUGAAAUCGAUUUAUUUCAAGCGCUUUGUAGCUUUGAGCGCGACGCAAAUUCUGGACACGGCCACACGUGCACGGAUCCUCAAUGUAAAUCAUCGGUCUCAUUUCUUUUGAGCCAUUUAAAGGAAUAA